AAUCCGAAACCGCCGUAUUUUCUCGUUUCAUACGCGUAACGGUAAUCUGAGCUGUAAUAACGAACAAUCACAGCCACAACAGGCGCAGGGCGCUUUUCGAUUUAUGCCCAGGGGUUCAUACGUUGGAGCAUGAACGCGUGCCGAUAAGCAAAACAGGGCGGCUCGGUCGAGUUCAAUGACCGCGCGUGAGUACCGAGAGGCGUUCGUACGUGAAUACCGUGAUAGAUAAUCGUGCGUCUCGCGUGUCAGGUGAUUUGUUUUAGGAGCUUUACGAGGUGUGAUGAGAACUCAUGUCUGAGCGAAACCAGCGGGUCGCGAGCCAAUCAGGUGGAUAAGAAUCACGCGUCGGGACGAAACGCUUGGCAGAUCCGUUCGAGAGCAACAGUGCCAGCGCCGUGGGUCGUCUCGACGAAGUUAACAAAUAAUUGUGUUACAGAAGUGUUCGAGAACUCGCGAGUCUCACAUCUCAUUCGUUGAGGAUUGCAUCACUGUCGUUCGUACUACGUGGAAAAUAAAAAAAAAAAAAAAGAAAAAUCAACAAUCAAGAACGCAGCGUUCCCUGAGAAGAUUCUCUGCUGUGGAGUGGAUGCUAAUCGCAGAGGUGUGAGCGUAUCUGCGAUAGAAUUGGACGGAUACGUGAUAGAGAAGAAAACAACGGAAGAAGAAAAAAGAGAGGAGUAACAAGCGAUUGCGAGACGAAACGCAAGGUGGUGCGUGACGCUUACGCCACGCGGUGACACGCGUGUUACGAACGGAGCGAGUUGGAGAGGGCGAGGAAGGACGUGCACGCGCGCGCAUACUCGUGUCUGUGGACAUAUACAUCGCAUCCUCCGAGGUGCGUUUAUUGCGCGGCGCGAGUCGAGCGUGCCUCUCGUCCCGCACAGGGGGUGUAUUGUUGCUGCUCUCCGGUACGUGCUGAUUGAAGCGGCACUUGCGGUCGCUGGAGCCGGGCCCAUUUGCCCGAAAGCACGUAUUUCUCUCUCUCUCUCUUUCUUUCUCUCCUGCCUUAUUUCUCUCUUUUUCUGUUUCCUUCACCGAGCGGUGAACGAGCGCUCGAUUCAUCAUCCAAAGUACGACGCGUCGUCGAUUAUCGUUACGGCGGAGGAGAAGCAAGAAAAUGGCCGACAGUUGGACGCAGAGUAUUGUUUGCCGGUACUUUAAGAAUGGCACGUGUCGUGAAGGGAAUAAUUGCCGGUAUCGACAUGUACAAGGAAACAGAAAUGAUACAAGUAUCAACGAGGCAACAUCGGUCCAUAUAUCCAAUGCACACAUCGUCACUUGUCGUUUCUUCAAACAGGGCAUGUGUAAGUUUGGUAAUCAGUGCCGUUUCCGCCACAAUUCAGGUACUGGAGAUAACAAUGCUAUACAAACUAACACAAUGGAAAAUUUUGUCUCGAAUCAACACACAGCACAUUCUUCAAGAAAUAAAAAAAUUGAUAAACGCAUCGCUGAAGAAUGGGUGAAAGCACCUGAAUUUAUACCUACAAUUGGAUCUCCGAUCGCUGGCUCAUCCUCUACGGACGAGAUGUCGUCUGCUUCGGGAACGUCUCCGAGCACAUCAAUGCCGGUCUCAUAUGCUCAAGCUGUCAAUCCAUCUGGUCAAGCCUCGAACCCCGCCUUAGAACCUUUGUGUCCAUAUGCAGAAGCGACUGGAAUCUGUAGAAAUACUAACUGCACAUAUCUACAUGGUGACAUUUGUGAAUUAUGUAGCCGCGCGGCCCUUCAUCCACACAAUGAAGAAUUGAGGAAGAAACAUACAAAUGCAUGUGUAAAGCAACACGAAGCAGAUAUGGAAUUAUCUUUUGCUAUUCAACGCAGCAAAGAGAAAUCUUGUGGUGUUUGUUUCGAGACAAUACUGGAGAAAUCCUCACGAGAACAAAGAUUCGGUAUAUUACCAAAUUGCAAUCAUUGCUUCUGCUUAACUUGCAUCAGAAAAUGGCGCCAGGCCAAACAAUUCGACAACAAAAUCAUAAGAGCAUGUCCAGAGUGCCGUAUUCCCUCGGAUUUCGUCUGCCCCAGUAUGUACUGGGUAGACACAAAAGAGGAGAAGGAAAAAUUGAUAAGAGAUUACAAAGGCGCCCUAAGUACCAAGGAUUGCAAAUACUUCAACAAGGGUCGUGGCAAGUGUCCAUUCGGUAAUAAAUGUUUCUAUCUCCAUGCGCUUCCAGACGGAACUAAGAAGGAUGUGGGCCCACCAGUUCGACAGAGGCGCAACACCGCUGACACCGAUAUCGACAUCUUGCACCGCAUGCUGUGCCUCGUGAUGUUCUGGAUAAUGGGUAUCCUGGCAUUCUUGCUGUACGCAUGGACUCGCGUGACCAGAUUUAUCCACGACUUCCAAGAGAGGGAAAGUGAAAACAACAUGAACAACGACAACGACAACAACGACAACGACGACGACGACGACGACGAUGAACCUAAUUACGAGCGAAGAUCGCGGUCAACGGCGAACGCAGGAUGGGCAACGUACGCCCCCGAACGUCAGUUGGCAAGUCGUCGUUUCGCGCUAGUGUGAAGUCGCCGGGACGCGUUGCGCUAAUCCACGAUAAUUCUCGAUCAUACAAAAUCGUACGUUCUCUUUUGUAGACUUUACUGUUCGCGAGUUGACGAGUCCCGAGAGCAGGAGGGAGGAGGGAAAUGCCGGGACGAAAGCGCAAUUAAUUAACGAGUUGCGGGCGCGUUUUGCGAACGGCGAUGACACAUCGAUUCAAAUGUUUGUCGGACGGUGCAUCGCGCGACGGCCGCCAUUAUGCGUCAUGGCGGUCAAUCCGCGACGAAAACGCAUCGCAAUCGCUCCGUGGAUUUUUUCGUAAUUUUUUUUCUUUUUCUUACAACGAGCGACUUGCGGCUGAAAAUGGAACAUCGAGUUAUCGUUGUGAGUAGCCGCAUACUUUUAUUAUUCAAAUGCAAAAUGGUGAUCUCUUUGUGUGUAGAACGUACUUAACGACGAGAUGUUAAUUAAAGAUCGCAUCGAGAUAUGCGUGACUAUCGAUAUUUAGGACGAUUAAUUUACAAGAAUAAUCCUCCAAUUCAUCGAUAUUUAGAUGCUUCUCAGUUACUUGUGCAGGAUGCAAGAAUAUUUACAUUUAUUUCAACCUUGCACUUCAUACCUAUCAUCCGUGGCCGAUUGUCCACAUGAAUGAUAACUACGAAAUGCAAUUCCGCGAAAAUACAUAUAAUAUUUUUUGCGCCUGUCUACGAAACAUCUGGAUAAUCAUAAAUCAUUGAUACCGCGUUGUAGAUUAAGCAUGUAGAUAUUUAUGUCAGAUGUUUCAAACAGUCUGAAAUAUUUGUGAUCUAUUACAUUCAGGUCUUCGAGAACCGCGUUAAUUAAUUUAUAAUUAAUUAAAAAAAAAUGUACGGAAAUUGUUAAUAAUGCCUCGUCGGUAAUGCGAUCUACUUCACAAUUUUGCACAGCAUAUUGAUAUCAAGCUUAACUUAAUUUAAUAAUAAUUUAAUAAUAAAUGUAAUAAUAGGUGUAUGUAAUAAAAUGUAAGUAUUUUAUUUCGAUUAUGUUCGAAAGUUUCAGAUGAGAAAGGUUUUCGAACGCGUAUCAAAUAAAAAUAAACGCUUCGCGUAUAAAUCGCAAUCGAACGAUACUUGACGCGAUAGCCGCCAUUUCGCGCUGCAAUUUUUUUAAUAACUUAUAUCGAAAUCAUUUCGUAAGUCUCUCGUAGUUUUUUAUCUAUAGAAAAUGCAACGCGGAUGAAACCGGAUGUCAGUAACGUAAAUUGCAAGAUGAUACGCCGGGAUUAUUAUAAGUAUAUUAUUGGAAGCAUUUUUAAAGAUAUUUCAAUAUCCUUCAACCAAUAUGAUAUGCAAUACAACUUUAACUGCGAUGCCUAUUUCAAGGUAUCAUAUUUGAUAUCAAAUAGCAAUGUAAUAUAAUAAAUAUAUAUAAUAAGUUACAAUGAAUACCUUAUUUCGUACAUGGAAAGUGAAUUUUAAACGAUAAGGUUUUCGAACCUUAUCGCGCGUGCGUUCGAAGGGUAUGAAGUUGGUGACACGCCGCGCGCGAAUGAUACUUCAAGUGACAGCCGCCAUUCACUUCGCUCGUAUUCCUUGUGAUUUUAUCACAAAAGAAGACUUGAGUGAAAACAAAUGUCGGGAGUAGAUCAUAAAUACCGGUCGCAAUUGCAACACGGUACGCCGAGUAGUCGCGAGCGCGUUUUUUUUUUUUUUCAUAUUCGUCCAACAACGUGACGCAAGAUAAUCUGAGUUGCGAUGCAUAUUUCGUGCCGCAACAUAUUGAUAUUAAUUGACAUUGUAAUAAACAUUGUAAUGCAAUAAAUAUCUUAUUUCGAUUUGAAUAUACGUCAACUUCGCAUGAGUACAGUCUUUGCGUAGAGUAUAGUCUUAAUUACAAUAUCGAUCUUGCAUUGCACUGAUAGAGACGUAAAAUGGUAAAAUAGAUACUUCGCUUCGGUUUUGUUUCGAUUUCAAAAAUGAAAUUUAUAUGAAAAAAGCUUCUCGUCGUCGUGGUGCACAUCGUCGAAGUUGUCGUUGUACGAAUUAAAUGAUAUUUUAUAUAAUAAUCAUUAUUUUGCGUCAUAACUUUUAGCGUCUAAAAAACAUUGAAGUUACUUUGCAUAUUUUUUGUGAUUUUUUUUGUAAAAAAUAACUUGCAAGUCAAAACGAACGUCAGAAGUAUUAGGCAAGUUAAUUGCAAUUGUAAUGCGGUAUACGGCGAAUAAUUAUAAUAAUAAUUCUAGUUUUUUUAUUGUUUUUAAUUAUGUUUAAAUUUUGUUUAACUGCGUGUUAAGAAUCUUUAUUAUAUAUAUUUUGCAUUGCGUUCUUAUGAAAAUGACGAUGUAACAAUAUAAAUAUAUAAUAUAUUAUAA